GUGUCGCCGAGGGGAAAGGUGGUGGGGGGGUGCGCUCCAUGUCGCGACGGGCCCUGCGGCGGCUGCGGGGCGAGCAGCGGGGCCAGGAGGAGCCCGGCCUGGGCGAGCUGGGCUUGGGCACCGGUCCUGAGCGCGGCAGGGAGGGGCUGACGCCGCCGCUGCCACCGGCGGUCGCUCCCGCGAAGGGGCAUCGCGGGCCGUCCCGCAGCGGCGUCAGCAACCGCUUCGAGCUGAUCACCGCCGAGGAGUCGGAGGAUGAGCCGCCGUCCGGCGAGGAGCCAGCGGCCGCCCGGCUCAGUGGGUGGGAUGCAGCAGGAAGGAACAACGAAGGGGCUGUAACCGAAAAGACUGAAGGCGACGGGCAGAGAGAUGGGGAGGAGGCAGAGCAGCCGGACCAAACGCCUAUGUUGAGUAACAAGCCACGAAAGAAAAAAAAGAAAAGGAAAACCAAGAAAACUUCGGCAGGGGAGACUCUGGAAGACAAUGACCUGGAAGACAUCGACAGUCUGCUGGAGAAGAUUGAGGAUAGCAGUGGGCUCUCACAGCAGAGCCAGAGUGGAAUCAUCGCUGACAGCAGGCCUCUGCUCUACGUAGAGCACAGAAACUUGAAUCCGGAGAACGAGUUGAAGAGAUACUUUGGAGCUCGCGCUGUUCUUGGUGAUCAGAGGCCGAGGCAGAGGCAGCGCCAGUACGUCCGCAGCACGUGGCUGACGGCUCCCAAGAACACCUGGCCGCGCUACAGCAAAACAGGUAUUGCCAUGCAGCUGGUGGACACCAGGAGGGGAGUGCAGCACUUCACGUUCGAGCACCAUCGCGAGUACCAGCAAGUGCAGUUCAAGUUCCUGGACGCUGUCGAGUCCAUGGACCCCAACAACAUUGUGCUGCUGCUUCAGAUGAACCCGUACCACGUGGACUCCCUUCUGCAGCUCAGCGACGUGUGCCGGAUGCAGGAGGACCAGGAGAUGGCCCGUGAUCUCAUAGAGCGGGCGCUGUACAGCCUGGAGUGCGCCUUCCACCCCGUCUUCAGCCUCACCAGCGGGACCUGCAGGCUGGAUUACCGGCGGCCGGAGAACAGGGCUUUUUUCCUGGCUCUCUUCAAGCACCUGAUGUUCCUGGAGAAGAGGGGCUGUCCCCGGACGGCCCUGGAGUUCUGCAAGCUGAUUUUGAGCCUCGAUCCAGAGAACGACCCACUGUGUGUGCUGCUGCUGAUUGAUUUUCUGGCCCUCCGAGCUAGAGAAUACACCUUCCUGACCCGCAUCUUCCAGGAGUGGGAGAGUCACCGGAAUUUGUCCCAGCUGCCUAAUUUUGCCUUCUCGGUGCCGCUGGCCUAUUUCUUCCUGAGCCAGCAGGAGGAGCGCUCGGAGCUGGAGAUAAGCCAAGCCCGGGAGAAAGCAGCCCGGCUCAUCCAGCUCGCGUUGAUCAUGUUCCCAAGCGUUCUCAUGCCGCUGUUGGAUCACUGCAGCGUGCAGCCCGAUGCCGCGGUCGCGUCCCAUCCCUUUUUCGGGCUGAAUGCUCAGAUAAGCCAGCCUCCCGCCUUGAACCAGCUGAUGUCCCUCUACGUGGGAAGGACUCACUCCCUGUGGAAGGAGCCGGCCGUCGUGGCUUGGCUGGAGACCAACGUCCGCGAGGUGCUGUGCAUGGUGGAUGCCCGGGACCCGCUGGUGGAGGACUCUGAGCACAAGAGGAAGAUACGGUACCAGAGCGCACCCAGGAAUAUCUACCGGCACGUCAUCCUCUCGGAGAUGAAGGAGGCCACGGCAGCUCUGCCUCUGGAGGUGACCUCGCAGCCCGUGAUGGGGUUCGACCCCUUACCUCCUCUGGACUCCAUCGUUUCCUACACCAGACCUGAAAGAACGAAUCACCCAUCCCACGAAAGCACUUUAUCUCUCUUCUUCCGCUCGCUGUUGCCGAAUUUCAACUUGCAGGGGGACAUCAGGCACGACGGGGAGGAAGAGGCUGGAGCAGGGCAGGACCUUAACCAGGGGGUGAACAGGCUCAUGGCGGCCAUGCGGGACAUGCUGGCCAACAUCCAGUUCCAGGAGCCCCCCCGAGACGACAAUCCCGAAGGCGACGGGGACUGGGACUGAGCCGGGAGCGCGCCUCUCCCCCUCCUUGCCCCCCAACUUUCUGUAAUCGCCCCUCCCCGCCUCGCGUCGCGCUCCAAUAAAGUCACACAAACCCCA